AUGUCAAGCCAAGUCAACAAUCAAGGAGGUCGGCAGCUAAGCAGAGCUAGCUCCGGAAAAAUAGUCAGAAAAUUAACUAUCAGCACAAACGAUGAAAAAUCAAGUGACUUACUCUCGCCAAUAAAUAGGAACAAAUAUAGUUCGAGAACCCAUUUAGAUAGCUGAGAAGUAAUAGCUUAAUCAAAUUUUACCAAUUUUCUCAACAAAUUUCACAUUUUAUCUGUAGGUUCUGUUUGUCAAGCCAAAAUGGGCUUGCCAUGAAAAUAGUAUUUAUCACAGAGGACACCUGCAGCCAGGUGUUGCGAUGUGGAAAAAGUCUUGUAGAAGAAGGAGAAAGCUCUUCUAGAAGGGAAAAAAGCUCUUCUAGAAGGGGAAAAAGCUCUUCUAGAAGGGGAAAAAAAGCUCUUCUAGAAGGGUAAAAACCCCUUCUAGGUAACGUAAAACUUGCCCGAAGAGGGAGGGAUAUCCCUUAUAUCAAUUUUUGAUUAAAUUAGUAUCCCCUUUAAUCUAAAACGGUAAAAGUAUUAAAAAAAUUUUAUCGUCUUUCUAUCGUCAGUUUUUAAAUAUUUAAAAUAUCUUAGUUUUUAGUUAAGAUUAUUGAGAAAUUCCUUGUGAUACCUCAAACGGUAUUUGCUUUGCAACUACCCGCCAUCUGCCUAUAGGCUAUCCUCCUCCGAAAAUUGACUCGCAUAAUAGCUUUAGUGCACUAGGAUUGGUCAUCGUGCCGUAAACUGACUUAGAUUCCUCCCUCCAGAAAAUUCUAAAAAUCUAAUUUUCUGGUCGAGUUUUCGACCAAGAGGAUCUCGCUUCCUCGGGGAGCAACUCCCUGUAUCGCACCAGGAAAUUGCUUGAUAGAUCCAAAGGGCUUUUGCAGGGCUUUUUCUUUCCAAAACCAAGCAUCUACCUUCCCAAGGUAAAUCUUCGACCUGGAAUUAGUUAUUUCGGCCUAAUCCGACGUUGCGGUCCAACAAACCAAGCAAUACUUGCUGGAUGCACAUUAAUGGACGCUAUCCUGCCUUUCAAAAGGCUACGUAUUAAAGAGGAUGGAUUGGAUCGCACUGCCAUUUUAAUGAGAUGUCAGGGCGGUAUAUAUAAAUAAAUUUAACACCCAAAAUCAAUAAAUUUUAUAAUUUUUAAAUUUUUUAAAAAUUUUUUCCUUUUUUCCUUUUUUUUGUUUUUUUGAUUUUAAAAUUUUAAUUUCCAAAAAUAUAAGUGACUUAAUUGGAAAAGAUUUUGAUUCAAUAUUAAAGGGUAAGUUAGAGAGCUUUAUGAAUCUUGGCAAAAACUCACCUCAUGCAAUCAAUAUUGGAAAAAGCAAUGUGUUGGGAAGUCCAAGCAGUGCUAGCAACUCAAUGUUCUCAUUUCCAAACUCUCAAACCCAAAUUGAUCUCAACAGCAAAAUUAAAUCGCCCACUCGCUACGUUUUCUCAACACACAGUCAUAGCAGAAUUUUUGCAUCCGGCACACCGAAAUUGCACAGCUCAUCUAAGUCAAAUCUUCAGCCAAGAGUCCUCACUCCAAAAUCUUCCAACUCAUCAUCUCUGAACUCAUCAAAAAAGGAGCCUAUGCAAGAAAAAAGCCUUAACUCCCUCCAAGCACCUCAAAAGAAAUCAAAUGUAAACGAUUACACUGUAAAUAGCGUUGUUACAAGAGUGCAGCCAGUAGCUACAAAAGUAAAUGACACUCCUUAUAAGGAGCAUUUAUUCCAAACUUUUCAGUCAAUGAAAUUCAUUAAAAAUUUAAGGCUGCCUACAGAUGAAGAAUUAGCUCAUAAAAUUGUGAAUUUACCAAGAAGAAGAGGCUGCGAAUAUAAGAAAACUGUUGUUUUUGAUCUAGACGAGACAUUGGUGCACUGUGUGGAAGACGCAAACAAUGCACAUGUUCCUAUUAGCAUUGAUUUUCCUACAGGAGAAACAGUGAUUGCUGGAAUAAAUAUAAGACCAUACGCUAAAGAAGCGCUCAUGGCUGCAAAUAAAGACUAUGAGGUGAUUGUUUUCACCGCAUCUCAUAAGUGCUAUGCAGAUAGAGUGUUGGAUUAUCUUGACCCGACUGGAGUACUUAUACAUCACAGACUUUAUAGAGAAAAUUGCUUAUUUAUCGAUGGAGUCUAUAUUAAAGACUUGCGAAUACUUGCCAAUAGGCAAAUUAAAGAUACUGUUAUUGUUGACAACGCAGCUUAUAGCUUUGCUUAUCAAUUAGAUAACGGAAUCCCGAUCGUUUCAUGGCAUGAUGAUAUGACAGAUAGAGAGUUAUAUAAAUUAAUUGAAUAUUUGAGAUCCUUGUCAAGAUUGGAUGAUAUUAGGAUCGCUAAUCGUCAAACUUUCCAUCUGGACACUUUUUAUGCGGAUUAUAUUAGAGACUACAUAAGGCAAACAGAUAAAGAAAAUAUGCCACCAACAAACUAA